UAGCCAGCGAAGCAAGCAAAGGAACUUGAAGAAGACAGCAAAACGAAAAGGAGAAGGGAUAGAACAAGAUGUCUUCGUUGCCUUCGUCGUCUCCUGAUGUAGCCGUGAUACUCAAUACUAUGAAUCGCCAGCUCUCUGUCAAAGAUAAAGAAUCCCUCGUGUAUCUGGCGGAAAUACUCACAAAUGAAGCAAAAGAUGAUAAAUCCCUACUCACCCUUUUGGCUGAUUUGCGUCACAAGUAUUGCUACGAGAAGAAAGAUGCCAACGACAUUCUGAGGAUUUUACUGGAGCUGGCUGAAUUAAAGAGAUACGCCGAUUCCCUCCGUGAUCCAAACCAGUUCAGGCCACCUAAACUUGAGGAUUAUCGAUACAUCCCUGAUGAGAAGUGCAAGCUUGUUGGAAUGAGAUCAUGUCUUGUAAAACUGGUUUCUUCUCUGACCAAGCCCUUGCUGCGUACCCUUUUGGAAAUGCUCUGUCACGAAAUUGACAGUAAUCCUGAAAAUUACACCUCUAUCUACAUCCUUUUCAGAGAACUGGAGCAAAAAGCAAUUAUAUCGCCUGGACGACUCAAGUUUAUUUACAAGAUAUUAGAAAAUGAUGCCCAGUUUGCUAAUGUCAGAUACAUCUUAGUUGAAUACCAGGAGCAAUUUUACAAUGACGGACAAAGACGUUCCUCUACUGGAAACAAUCCAGUACAUGUAGAUACAUGUAUGUCUUGUCCUCCAAGUAAUCAAGUACCAAAUCAACCGCUAUAUCCAGCAGGUUCUCAUUCUUUAAGAGGUUCUUUUAAUCCUCCUCCUCCUUUUGCCCAACAGCGUCCUAUUGUCCCUCGUGGUGUUCAUCCUCCUCAUCAUCAAAUAGGAAGAGGAGGUCUAUAUCAACGUCAAAUUUCAGCUCCUCCAUAUAAUUUUCAUAAUUCACCACAUUCUCAAUCAAACCGUUUGCAUCAAUCUGAUAGCUUCCAGCGUCCAAUGGACUGGUCACCCAAUCUGCAAAGGAACCAACCUGUUCGACCAUUUCCUCAAAAUCAUCCUUCUCACUUUGACCCUCAGCCCACUCAGUAUCCUCAACAACCUAAUCAGUAUUCCGAUCCACCUGCUCCUCAUCAGUCCAAUCAAUAUUACCGCGAACAAUCUGGUCAGUCUUACCGCCCACCUAAUCAACAACUUGAUCAGAAUUAUCACCCACCACCUCCUCAACCUCACGAUCAAAGUCACUCCUCAUUUCAUCCGUCAUUUAGCUCCUCAUCACAAGCUCCUCAAUAUGAUCAGUAUUAUACUCGACCUGUUCUUCCUCAAGACCAGCGUUCCCCUCCUCCUCCUCUUCCUCCCUCUCAGCAAACUGGAGAGUCCUUGUCAACAAGAUGGCAACAAGGUACUAUGGUUGGCAUUUCAUCACAGCAGCACCAGCAACAGGUUAUCGAUCAAUCAAUCAAUGUUCCUCCUCCUCUUCCUUCUCCCUUUCUCAGUGGACAGAUGCCUCAAGUUGAUAGCUAUGGACCUGGAGGGCAACUUGAAUACCCUACCAAUAGUUGGCCAAACGAACCAGCUGGUCCUACUGUUCAGAUUUAUUCUUCUUCUGUUGCUGGAGCCUUUGAUAAACCAGCUAUCCGCUCAAGGCAAAAUUCAGAACCAGCUGGAAACUCUCCUUCAAAGAGAAAUCCUCCGCCUAAAAAGAGUAAUACUCUACCAGAGGACUUUUCACUUAAUUCCAGGACUGCAUCUAAUCCACAAACUUCAUCGUCCAUUCACCAACAUCACGUUCAUAUUUCUCAGUCUAAUUCUAAUCCGCCGGCUCCUCCUGCUGGGUCUUUGGUUAUUUUGCGACACCAAAAUUUUUCCCCGAAUUCUCCUGGUCACAGCAUUAAUGUGUCGGUUAGUCGCCGUACUCCAUCACCUGCUGCUCAAGCAGCAUCUUGUCAUAGCAACGUCAGUACUGCACCUUAUGAUGUUGAAGCUUUUCAAGUACAAGAAAUGAGAAUGAAGAAUGAAGAAGAACACAUGUAGUUGUAGCUAUGUGUGGGUGCUGAUGGUAUUUGGUUAUACUUACAUGUAUGUUAUUAUUAAUUAUUAUGAUAAUAAUAGUGAUGAUGUUUGGUAUAAUUAGGUAAUUUUUUCUUUUUGCAGCUACUCUCUACUACUAUGCUCUUAUUUAGAGUCUUUAGGGAACAAAUGCAAUGCAUUUUUAUAUUGUUUUAUAAUUAUAAUUACUGUGUAAUUGACUCUUUUAAUUUUUUCAAUAA